GGAAGUUGUGGAUACAGGGCGAGCAUUAUGGACGUGCGAGUUAUAAUAUUCGCUUUGGCAGGAUUGCUCGCCGCAGUCAUUGCCGUACCUGCAGACAAGACAGAGGAGACGGAAGAUCUUUUCGCAGUUGGUGAUCUUAGUAGUAUCGACAACAUUGAGGAGCUCCUGGGUGAAUUCACCACUGAGGAGAUACAGAAACGAAUAAUCUCCGGCCACAGGUCGAAGGUCGGGGACUGGCCCUGGUUGAUCGGUAUCCACAAAGCAUACAUCCCAGGGGUUAUCUGUGGUGGCUCCAUUGUUGAUGCGACAACCAUUGUAACAGCGGCCCAUUGCUUCGGACACAGCCAGCGUCCAUCUGAUUUCACUGUCCUAGUAGGCGAAACCAACCUCCGUGCCAUCAAAUCGGAACAGAAGUUCAAGGUUAUCGCAGUGAGGCCUCACAUUGGAUACAGAUUUAGAAUGGGACCCGAUUCUCCCAAUGACAUCGCCAUCUUAAAGUUAUCUCGACCAAUCACAUUUAGCAAGGCGAUCAAGCCCAUUGGCCUUCCAUCAGGGCCGCAUGAUGCUGCAGCUGUAGAUACAGCCUGUGCUGCAGGAGGAUGGGGUAGGACGCAGGCGAGAGACUGGGCCUUAGAGAUGUUCCAUGUGAGUAUCAAGAUACGGCCAAUGGAAAUCUGUAUGAGGAUGUACUCAAACAACAGAUUCGACUACCCCGGCGGACGGGUCUGCGCUGGUGGACAUACGUUCAGUAAUGUUUGCGUGGGUGAUUCUGGUGGACCUCUGGCCUGCAAGCGUCACGGCAAGUACGUGCUUGAAGGUGUCGUUUCGUUCGGGGCCCAUUUCUGCGGUAAGCAGAGGCGAAAAUACCCAACAGUAUUCACGAGGGUGGCCGCUUACCUUGACUGGAUUCAGGAGAACAGGCAUUAAACAUAGCAGGUUUAAUAUCUUGGACGAUUUGACUGUACAUGUAUUUAUGUUUUAAUAAAAACUGAAAGGCAAUCUUCUGUUGUCC